AUGGCCCCAAGAGUAAUUGUCGUCGGUGGUGGAUUGUCCGGUCUCAGUGCCGCCCACACCGUCUACCUUAACGGUGGAAACGUUCUUGUCCUUGACAAGCAAGCCUUCUUUGGUGGCAACUCCACAAAGGCCACCUCCGGUAUCAACGGUGCUCUCACCCGCACACAGAUCGAUCUCGGCAUCCAAGACAGCGUCAAGCAGUUCUACGAUGACACCUUGAAAUCUGCCAGAGACAAGGCUCGUCCCGAUCUCAUCAAAGUCCUCACAUACAAGUCCGCUGCUGCCGUCGAGUGGCUGCAAGACGUCUUCAACCUCGAUCUCACCCUCGUUUCUCGUCUCGGUGGCCACUCCCAGCCCCGAACCCACCGUGGUCACGAUGCCAAGUUCCCCGGUAUGGCCAUCACAUACGCUCUCAUGCAGCGCUUAGAAGAGCUUGCCGAGGCCGAGCCCGACCGUGUUCAGAUUGUCAAGAAGGCCCGCGUUACCUCCGUCAACAAGGUCGGCAACACUGCUACCGGUGUCACAUAUGAGGUGGAUGGCCAGUCCAGGACUGCCGACGGUGUUGUGGUCCUUGCCACUGGUGGUUAUGCUGCCGAUUUCGGUGACACUUCCCUCCUCAAGGAGCACCGUCCCGACACUUUCGGUCUGUCUAGCACCAAUGGUACUCACGCCACUGGUGACGGACAGAAGAUGCUGAUGGCCAUUGGCGCCAACGGCAUCGAUAUGGACAAGGUUCAGGUCCACCCCACUGGUCUUGUUGACCCCAAGGACCCCACCGCCAAGUUCAAGUUCCUUGCCGCUGAGGCUCUUCGUGGUGAGGGUGGUCUCCUGCUCAACUCCGACGGUGAGCGUUUCUCUGAUGAGCUCGGCCACCGUGACUAUGUCUCUGGCCAAAUGUGGAAGGAGAAGGAGAAGGGCAAGUGGCCGAUCCGCCUGAUCCUUAACAGCAAGGCCUCCAACGUCCUCGACUUCCACACUCGCCACUACUCUGGUCGUGGUUUGAUGAAGAAGAUCACUGGCAAGGAGCUUGCCAAGGAGAUUGGCUGCGGCGAGGCUGCUCUGAAGAAGACUUUUGAUGACUACAACGAUAUUGCCGAUGGCAAGAAGAAGGACCCCUGGAACAAGCGCUUCUUCCACAACCUCCCCUUCAGCAUCGAUGACACCUUCCACGUUGCCGUCAUGGAGCCGGUGCUGCACUUCACUAUGGGUGGUAUUGAGAUCAACGACCGCGCCGAGGUCCUCAACUCCGAGAAGAAGCCUUUCGACGGUCUCUACGCCUGUGGUGAGCUUGCGGGUGGUGUUCAUGGUGCUAACCGUCUUGGUGGUUCGUCUCUGCUUGGCUGUGUUGUCUAUGGCCGUGUGGCUGGUGACAGUGCUAGCGAGUAUCUCUUUAAGCAGCUCGUCGCUGGUAGCGCUUCUCCUGCUCAGCAGCGUCUCGGCCAGAUCUCUCUGCACAUCGACCCCUAUACCCCCGGCAAGAUCUCUGUUGAGUGGAACGGCGCUGGCGCCGGCGGUGCACAGGCCUCGACCGGUACUAUAACCCCCGCUGCCUCCACAGAGGCUACCCCCACUGAUGCUGCUACUGCUGAGACAUCAAAGCCCGCGACUAAGCCAGCCAAGUUCACCAUCCCUGAGACCGAGUACUCGAUGGAGGAAGUCGCCAAGCACAACAAGAAGGAUGACUUGUGGAUCGUCGUCAAGGGCAUCAUCCUCGACGUAACCAACUGGUUGGAUGAGCACCCCGGUGGCGCCAACGCCCUGUUCAACUUCAUGGGGCGUGAUGCCACAGAAGAAUUCGAGAUGCUCCACGACGACGAAGUCAUUCCCAAAUACGCUCCUCACAUCGUUAUCGGCCGUGUAAAGGGUCAAACUCCCAGCCUUGAGUAUUAA